UAAAAUGCAACGUCCAAGUUCCCAUGGAACUUCUUCUGCACAGAAACACACAAAUUUGGAUGAAAUAUGGACCGAUUUGGAACAGGGCAUAAAACAAGUAUUCCAACAAGAACAAUCACUGACAAAGGAACGUUAUAUGCAACUGUAUACCUAUGUCUAUAACUAUUGUACCAGUGUCAAUACCGUUCAGAACAACAACAAUCGUUCGAAUAAGUUGGGUGGCGCCCAACUCGUGGGCAAAAAACUCUAUGAACGUCUAAAGGAUUUCCUUAAAGAUUAUCUAGCCGAUUUGCUAACAAAUUUCAAAGCCAUCAAAGGUGAAGAAGUUCUCUUGGACCACUACACAAAACAAUGGGUUCUAUAUCAGUUCUCCAGCACGGUUUUAAAUGGAAUUUGUUCAUAUCUGAAUCGGCACUGGGUUAAGCGUGAAUAUGAAGAGGGUCAGAAGGGUAUUUAUGAGAUUUAUCGUUUGGCAUUGGUCACAUGGAAGGAACAAUUGUUCAAGGUUCUCAAUGAACCGGUUACCAAUGCUGUCCUGAAAUCCAUAGAUGAGGAACGUCGUGGUAAGACCAUUAAACGAUCAUUGGUACGCGAUGUCAUCAAUUGCUAUGUGGAAUUGGGUUUUGAUGAGGAGGAGGAUAUGGACAACAAGGAUACGAAAAAGCAGAAAUUAUCUGUCUACCGUGAUCAUUUUGAAAAGAAAUUCCUGGCCGAAACAGCUGCUUUCUAUAAACAUGAAUCGGAGGCAUUUUUGAGCAGCAACACCGUGUCGGAGUACAUGAAACAUGUUGAGAAACGUUUGGAUGAGGAACGUAAAAGGGUCAACAGUGCUGAUUUUAAUUCAGUGUUAACCUCAUACUUGCAUGUCAGUACUUUGGAUAAACUGGUGGAGACCUGUGAAGUGGUUCUCAUUGAAAAACACUUGGAUAUAUUCCGUUCUGAAUUCCAAAAUCUCUUAAAUGCCGACAAGAAUGCCGAUUUGAAACGCAUGUACACCCUGGUAGCUCGUACGCCACGAAAUCUCAACGAACUGAAAACCAUUUUGGAGGAACACAUUCUACAACAGGGAUCACAGGCCAUUGAAAAAUGUGGCAAUACCGAAGCCGCCAACGAUCCCAAAAUCUAUGUCCAAACCAUACUGGAGGUACACAAAAAAUAUAAUGCUCUCGUUUUGACCGCCUUCAACAAUGACAAUGGCUUUGUGGCCGCCCUCGAUAAGGCCUGUGGCAAGUUCAUCAAUUCCAAUGUUGUUACCCAGGCCAGUAGCGCCAGCAAAUCGCCAGAAUUACUUGCCAAAUAUUGCGAUAUUCUCUUGAAGAAAUCAUCGAAAAAUCCCGAAGAAAAAGAACUCGAAGAUAAUCUCAAUCAGGUGAUGGUCGUUUUCAAAUAUAUCGAAGACAAAGAUGUCUUCCAGAAGUUCUAUUCGAAAAUGUUGGCCAAACGUUUGGUGAAUCACACCUCCGCCUCCGAUGACGCCGAGGCUGUUAUGAUAUCGAAAUUGAAGCAGACCUGUGGCUAUGAAUACACCAUUAAAUUGCAACGCAUGUUCCAGGACAUUGGUCUAUCCAAAGAUCUAAAUAAUAAUUUCAAACAAUAUCUACAGACGGCUAAUAUUCCAAUGGAAAUUGAUUUUAGCAUUGAAGUUCUAUCCUCAGGUUCGUGGCCAUUUAAUCAGAGCAGUAGUUUCUCAUUGCCGACGGAAUUGGAGAAGGCUGUGCAACAUUUCAAUACAUUCUAUGCUGCUCGCCAUUCGGGUCGUAAAUUAAAUUGGCUAUAUCAUAUGUGUAAGGGUGAAUUGGUGACAAAUUGUUUCCGCAACAAAUAUACACUGCAGGCCAGUACGUUUCAAAUGGCUGUUCUAUUGCAAUUCAAUGAUCAGACACGUUAUACCAUAAAACAAUUGUUGGAUAAUACACAAAUACAAUUGGAGAAUUUAGUACAGGUUUUACAAAUUUUACUCAAGGCAAAACUUCUAACCUGUCCCGAUGAUGAAAAUUCCCUAACACCCAACUCGGUUGUGGAAUUGUAUGCCGACUAUAAGAAUAAGAAAUUACGCAUUAACAUCAAUCAACCUUUGAAGACUGAACUUAAGGUCGAACAAGAGGCCGUACAUAAACACAUUGAAGAGGAUCGCAAGCUGUUGAUUCAGGCCGCCAUUGUGCGCAUUAUGAAAAUGCGACGAAAGCUCAAUCACACACAGCUCAUUACCGAGGUCAUCAAUCAGUUGUCGUCGCGUUUCAAGCCCAAGGUGCCGGUUAUCAAGAAAUGCAUAGACAUUCUAAUAGAGAAGGAAUAUUUGGAGCGGAUGGAAGGACAAAAGGAUACCUAUAGCUAUUUGGCGUAA